UCCUCUCUUAUGCCUAGUCUAAGGUUUGACCUUACAGUAACAUAAUAUGACAAUUGUAUUUACAAAAAAUGUGUCCUGUGAAGUAAACAUUUGAAGUUUGAAUAUUCUGAUUGUUCUUUAUAGUUCUAAAAUGAGUAAUAUGGAAGAAAUACAUCUAUCGGAUUUUCCCAAGAUUUGUCGUAUUUGUUUAAACAACGCAAACAUACAACCAAUCAAUAAUUCUUUAAUAAGAAUAUUUAAACAGAUAAUGGGAACGGAGUUUUUUUCUGAAGAAUAUUUACCUAAAAAUGUAUGUAGCGAUUGCAGUCUUAAGUUAGAAGACAUCAUUACUUUUAUAAAAAUUUAUAAAAAAAAUGAUUCCAAGCUUAAAACUAUUCUCAGGAAUAAAUUUAAUUAUAGUCAGAUACAAAAUGAUCAUAAAAAAACCCAGCCAGUAAGUGAAAACUCUGUCGAAGAUAAUGAAAUAAAUAUGGAAACAGAGUUUGAAAUUGAAGAACAAAAUAAAGAAUUGAAUCUUGAUAAACAAUAUCAAAUACAUGAUACAAUUGAUUUAAGUCAAGAAAAUGAUGUUGAUAACAUUGAAAUUAUCUGUAACACAUGUGGUAGAACAUUUCUGAAUGUAAAAGAUCUAUUUAACCAUGAAAGAUUUAAUCCAAAAUGUAAUGAAGGGAAUAAAAUGAAUACUUGUAAUCUUAAAAACAGGUGUUCAUAUACAACAGCUACACCAAAAAAGAUGAAAAAAUAUGAAUUAAAGCAAGAUAAUAUUAAUUUAAUAAACUUAAAAACUGACUGCGACAGUUGCAAAAGAAAGUUUAUAUCUGACAAGGAGCUGUCAAAUCAUAAGAGGUUUAAUCCAACUUGUAGAAAAGAACUUAUUAAUGAAGAAAUUGAAAAUGUACAGAAAAAUAUAAUGAUGAAUCAGCUGAUUAUAGAAGACACGGUACAAAAAUCUGGAAGUUCAUUGUUGCCAUUAAAAGAUGUUAUAAACGACACAAAAAAUUUGUAUCCCUGCACCCAAUGUGGUAAAUCUUUUAAAAAUAGAUGGUCCUACGAAAGACACACAAAGAGUCAUACUGGAGAAAGACCACAUAUUUGCAAUAUCUGUAAAAGAGGAUUUAGGCAAAAAGCUCAUCUUAAAGAUCAUUUAAGAAUUCAUAGUGGUGAGAAGCCUUAUCAAUGUUUUAUUUGUAAAAGAAGUUUCAGGCAUCUGUCGACUAUUAGUAAACACCAGCAUAAGCACAUUGAAGUAUCUUGAAUAUAUAAUUUAAUUGCCUAAUUCAAUAAUGUAUUAUUUUUUUAGGACGCUGUUAAAAAAUGUUUCUAUGCACUGUUACUGUUGUGAUGAUUGUUUUUUAACUUGAAUAAAGCAUGUUUCGUUGAAGAGUAA